UACUAACGCUACAAUUGUCGUGUCACUCCUUACCACAAAUUUUAAGCCUCAAAUACAGCCACUAGGACUAAGCACCCCAUUUUCCUUGCUAACUUUGGAUCAACCAUGUCUGCCAUGAACUCUAGCACUGUCUUGGCCUGUAACUACGCCAGAUCAGGAUGUUCCGACCUCAACACAAAGCUCACUUCCAUGCCUUCGCUUGCAUCACCACCAGUAUCUUGUCUCAAGUUGCCUGUGAUCAAGGCUCAGCAUGCUAAAGUCUCUGAAUCUAAGUCAAACGAUGGAAGGAGAAGUGCCCUUGUUUUCUUGGCAGCUACCCUUUUCACCGCUGCAGCCACUUCUUCUGCCAAUGCUGGGAUCAUUGAAGAAUACCUUGAAAAGAGCAAGGCCAACAAGGAACUGAAUGACAAGAAAAGGUUAGCCACAACUGGGGCCAAUUUUGCAAGAGCAUACACUGUGGAAUUUGGCACUUGCAAGUUCCCUGAAAACUUCACUGGUUGCCAAGAUCUAGCUAAGCAAAAGAAAGUGCCAUUUAUUUCCGAUGAUUUGGAGCUUGAAUGUGAAGGAAAGGACAAAUACAAGUGUGGUUCUAAUGUUUUCUGGAAAUGGUGAAAGGGGCAACAUUUCCCUCUAUCAAAAUUCUCCUUGACAACACGCCAUAAGUUUCUGCUGUAUUGUAAUUGUUAUUAUUGCAGUUGAUGAUGUUCUCUGUUGGCUGUAAAUUCAAAAAGUGAGAAACUAAAUGGAACUCGCCUCUCUUUUAUUUGCGUCAA